ACAGUAGCUAGCUAGUAAAUCGGGUAUACUAGCGUAGCUAUAUACUUACACGUUGCUCUCUAACAGUCCUUAUUUAUUGUAUUAGUCACACAAUGAAACCGAGCUUGCUGGAUUGAUUAUUUACUAAGGUUGAAGCCGAUAACUGUGAUUACAAGAGAAAACGAAUUAGCGUUAGCGAGGGCUUUGCUGGGCAGCUUCCGGGUAGCAUUAACUAGCUAAGGGGAAGUCAAAAGUUAGUAACUUGUAGCUAGCUUUCAAUGUAUAAAAGAGUUUGAAUAUAUUUACAUGAUCGUUAAAUUCACACGUUUUGAACAGUUCAACAGACCGUGGGGAAAUAUGUAUGUGUAACACCUGUUGUGUAAAAUACAUCUUGAGCAAAUGUCAUAAGCUAGAGAGCUUUAUCUUUUUGUACUCUCACUUUUCUGGCCAUAAUAUCAAAUCCAUGUUUUUGGUCACAUACACGUGAUUAGCAGAUGUUAUUGCGGGUGUAGCGAAAUGCUUGUGCAUCUAGCUCGACAGUGCAGUAAUAUCUAACAAAUUACACAACAUAUACCCUCUACACACAAAUCUAAGUAGGAAUGAAUUAAGACUAUAUACAUUUGGAAGAGCGAUGUCAGAGCGGAAUGGAAUGGACUAAGAUAGAAGUAUAGAAUACAGUAUAUGAGAUGAGUAACGCAAGAUAUGUAAACAUUAUUAAGUGAAUGAGAUACUGUAGAAUAGUAUAGACAUAUGAGAUGAGUAAUGCCAGAUAUGUAAACAUUAAGUGACUAAGAUACCGUAGAAUAGUAUGUACAUAUGAGAUGAGUAAUGCCAGAUAUGUACACCUUAUUAAAGUUACUAGUGUUCCAUUCCUUAAAGUGGCCAGUGAUUUCUAGACGGCCUAUAGGCAGCAGCCUCUAAUGUGCUAGUGAUGGCUGUUUAACAAUCUGAUGCCCUUGAGAUAGAAGCCGUCUUUCGGUCCCCAGCUUUGAUGCACCUGUACUGACAUCACCUUCUGGAUGAUAGCAGGGUGAACAGGCAGUGGCUCGGGUGGUUAAUGUCCUUGAUGAUCUUUUUGGCCUUCCUGUGACAUCAGGUGCUGUAGGUGUCCUGGAAGGCGGGUAGUUUGCCCCUGGUAAUGCGUUGGGCAGAACGCACCACCCUCUGGCGAGCCUUGCAGUUGCGGACGGUACAGUUGACGUACCAGGCGGUGAUACAGCCUGACAGGAUGCUUUCAAUUGUGCAUCUGUAAAAUGGAGGUACUAUGCCUCCUGCUGGUAGCUGUGCUGUGGGGCUGCACCAACCCAUUUCUGAAGAGAGGCACAGAGGGGAUUGAACAUGUGAAAAAGGAUAACAAGUUUCUUCAGUUCCUGGCAGAGGUUAAGUUCCUGUUUUUAAACAUCAAGUACCUGAUACCAUUCCUACUGAAUCAGAGUGGGUCCUUGGUGUACUACUUCACUCUUGCCACCACAGAUCUGUCUCUGGCUGUGCCCGUGGCCAACUCCCUCACCUUCCUCUUCACCAUGCUCACUGGGAAGCUGCUCGGGGAGGAGUUUGGAGGGAAAAGAGCUGUUGGAGGAAUGGUCCUCACCAUGGUGGGCAUCACUCUAUGCAUAGUGAGCUCCAUCAGUGAGACUGAGAGCAAGGGGCAGCAGAAUGGCACAAAGGUCUCACCAUAGAAAUAGAUACUGUAUCAGCACAGUACUGUAUAUCUCUAUGGGUCUCGCUCUAAAAAAGAUGACUGGACACAUUUUAAAAUGUUCUAUCACAUACCAACUAGUUCAAGUUAUUGUUUCUUGUCUAGGGUACUUUCUAUAGGCUUAGUUAUGUCUUCAAUAGAAGUGACUUUAUGCUACAUAACAUAUUUCAACUACAGCGGUGUUUAGGCUAUCCAAAAAGAUCAAAGCAUAUCGCUGUAGAACACAACAUUUUGUAACAGGUAAUGAAAAUGAGCGCUUCUUAUUGGACAAGUUCAAGUAGUAAGCUACCUCCCCAUUCCCUGUUUCAAAACGUUUUCUCCCUACUGGACACAAUCCUGACUUAUACCAGCCAGGCAACAGAGUGAUUGGACAAUAUGUAGAAGAGAAUGCAAAUGAGCAUAGUGGGAACUCAAGCACAAUGUUGUGGCUCCCACACCUUAUAACAACUGUGACAGAGUUCAAGUAGGGUUUAUUGCAGCCGGGGUCCAGAUUUAUUGCCUAUCUAGUUAAUGCCGAACCAGCCAUUCUUGCCACUUUGCUGCCAUGUUGUGUGAAUACUGCCGAUAGAAACACUAGGCUAUAGGCCUAUAGAAGACCACAGUCAAUGUGUUAGUGUUGAAAAUAGACUAACUAGAGUUUUAAUCACAGUGCUGCUACUGUAUACCAAGGUCAGAGAAACCGUUAUUACAUUGUAAUGUCUUAAUGUAACUUAUUUUGAUAUGAAACUACAAAGGCGUUCCAUGCAAGGUGAUAUGUUGAGUGGGGAAAAACUGUAGUCUGUUUCCUGUUUUAUUGCACUUUUUAUUCAGAAAUAAUGGCAUUUAACCCAAAAUGCUUAUACGGUACAAUCAGAGGACAUUGCUGUUUUUGUAAGAUAAAAUAUUUCAUAUUGUAUAUUUCCACGUUUAUUUUGAUGAAGAGGAAUUCUUUACAUUAAAUGUACACUACCGUUCAAAA